AAGAAAAAUGUCGGAUGAAGAUGAAGAUGGGACGACCAUUGAAAAGACAAAAGAGCAAAAAGAUCGGGAACUUUUGUACCAAUUUCUCCCACCUGAUUGCGGGGGAAGUUUAAAGAUGAACCCGGACAACGUCAAACCCAACUACAGAGAAUCUGAACCAACCAGAAUCAUCCCUCCCGAUGAGUGUUUCAGACCUUGUCCAAAGAUCAUCACCAGAGAACAAUGGGGGGCCAGACUGCCGACAUCUCCUCCAAAACAGACAAUGUACCGAGUAAGACCCGCGGUGUUCAAACAAUCUGAUACUCACAACUGCAGCGACUUGUUCACAUGUGUACAUAAUGUAAAGUUGUUGCAGAUGUAUCAAAUGGACUAUCUCCAUUAUAGUGAUAUUGCUUACAGCUUUUUGAUCGGAGAGGAUGGAAACGUCUAUGAAGGAAGAGGAUGGGGUGUAUCAUGUGAAAAAGCAAAUGGCUUUAUGGGAAUUGGCUUUCUAGGAUACUACACAGAUGAAGGGGUUACGAGGCCCUCGGACGAUAUGCUUCAGCUGGCAUAUGACCUUAUAAUGUGUGGGGUACGAAAAGGGUUCAUUGCCAACCCCUUCAGACACUGGGGCGGCGGUAUGACACCACUGCAAAUGAUGAGGGAAUACAUUGAAAAUGAGGAAGAUGUCGAUUAUAAAACUAAAGUGGAAGAUCCAGGAAUAUAUUGAUUUACAAAUAGUAUUACCUAAUUACUUAACCAUGCUGUGUAUUACAAAUAUGGUAU